AUGGGCGACACCGAAAGCCCACGUCCCUUAGAGCGGUCCGUGCUCAUUUUAUAUGGCUCUGAAACAGGCAAUGCGCAGGAAGUGGCCGAGGAAUUAGGCGCCUUGACCGAGCGGCUCCGUUUUGCGACACAUGUAUCUGAGUUGAAUCAAUGCAAGCCAGAAUUCCUACUCUCAUACACACUCACCAUAUUUGUGACCUCGACUACCGGUCAAGGCGAUUUUCCAGCCAAUGCACGGUCUUUUUGGAAGUCGCUCUUGCUGAAGAAGCUACCUGCUACCUUUUUGAAUGGCGUAAACUUCACUUGUUUUGGGCUGGGAGAUAGCUCAUAUCCCAAAUUCAAUUGGGCGAUACGCAAGCUCUAUAAACGGCUGUUACAACUUGGUGCAAAUGAAAUCUACCCCACGGGCGAAGCAGACCAGCAACAUCCAGAAGAACUCGAGGGAACGUUCCUACCAUGGAUGACGGAUUUCCGAAAACAUUUACUGGAUAGACAUCCUCUUCCUGCCGGACAACACCCAAUCCCGGACGAUGUGCACCUCCCACCAAAGUGGAGGCUGCAGUUGACGGAGGAGGGCGAUGUUGUCCCAAUACCCCAAGCCGCCGUUGCAAAUGAACAUCAAGCUUCUACGGAUGAAUAUCCGGGACUACAUUACCUGGACUAUGACUCCAGACCCAUCCCACACUCGCUAUCUGCGACAUUGACCGAAAAUCGUCGCGUAACUCCACAAAAGCAUUGGCAAGAUGUGCGCCGCAUUACCCUGGCCGUCCCAGACGCUGUUUCUUACGUUCCCGGGGACAUGAUCGCUAUCACACCCAAAAGUUCCGCAAUUGAUGUUCAAAGCCUUAUUGACUUGAUGGGUUGGAACGACCAGGCAGAUCGACGAAUCUCUCUGGUUCCAACAGGAGAUAUUCCAUCACCACCACCCAUUCCGGGCCUUAACUCAUAUCCCAACCUCACCCUCCGUGCCCUCCUCACAGACUAUCUGGACAUCAAGGGGAUUCCCCGCCGAUCCUUCUUCUCCACAAUUGCACACUAUACCCACGAUGAAAGGCACAAAGAACGGUUAUUAGAAUUUACAAAUCCGGAAUAUCUUGACGAGCUAUGGGAUUACACAACACGCCCGCGACGUAGUAUACUUGAGAUCCUGCAUGAGUUCGACACUGUCAAAAUUCCCUGGGAACACGCGAUAUCUGUUCUCCCGGCUAUGCGCGCCCGCCAAUUUAGCAUUGCCAGUGGCGGAAAACGCAAGCAGACUACUGAUGGCAACACACAAUUCGAACUGCUUAUCGCCAUUGUCAAAUACCAGACAGUGAUCAAGAGAAUUCGCGAGGGAGUCUGUACCAAGUAUCUCUCAGUCCUCCGGCCAGGUAGCACCCUUCGAAUCCAGCUCCAGCCGGGCGGUCUCAAGUCUUCAGUUCAGCAACUGACCGCAGCAACCGUGCUCAUUGGACCGGGCACUGGAGUUGCCCCCCUGCGCUCCAUGCUCUGGGAGAAAGCCGCACUUGUGCAGGCCUACCGCGAGCAAAACCCCGGCGUCAAUCCACCAAUUGGCCCUACCGUUCUUCUAUACGGAGGCCGAAACCGAGAGUCUGAUUUCUUCUUUGAGGAAGAGUGGACAGAGCUCAGCAAGCUCAUCCCAUUGCAGGUGCUUACUGCCUUUUCGCGUGAUCAGCAACGCAAGAUCUACGUGCAAGAUACCGUGCGCGAGAACUUCUCGCUCUUCUUCCGUCUGUUGCAUGAUAUGCAAGGGUCCGUUUAUAUUUGUGGUUCCUCAGGUCGCAUGCCUCAAGCUGUGCGUGAAGCUCUCAUUGAGGCUUUCCAGCAUGGAGGAGCGUCUUCAUCGGGGCAGCCUUUCACCCGUUCCCAGGCUGAGGGGUAUCUCAUUGCCAUGGAGCAGAGCGGCCGGUAUAAACAAGAAACUUGGUGA